AUGUCCACUUCAUCCCUAAUCUCCCUAGCCCAGAACAGGCGCACGAUCUACAAACUAGGCAAAGCCAGCCCAGUCCAAGACGUAGACCCCAAGAUCGAAGAAUUGGUCAAUGAAGCCAUCCUCCACGUCCCCAGUUCUUUCAACACCCAGUCUACACGGCUAGUCGUCCUCCUGCACGGUGAGCAUGACAAACUGUGGGAUAUUGCCAUUGAGGCCUUUGGCGGGCUUGUUAAGUCUGGGAAGGUUUCUCAGGAGAUGUGGGAGAAUCAGACUUUGCCUAAACUGAAGGGGUUCCAGGCUGCUUAUGGCACGGUCCUUUUCUUCGAAGAUCCAGCCCAUAUCAAACCCUUCCAAGAGAAAUUCCCUCCCUUCAAGGAUUAUUUUGCGCCGUGGGCUGAGCAUUCUAAUGCUAUGCAUCAGUAUUUCCUCUGGACCGGUCUCGAAGCCCUAGGCUUCGGCGCAAACUUGCAACACUAUAACCCUCUUAUCGAUGCAGGUGUGGCCAAGCAGUGGAAUCUGCCUAGUGAGUGGCGGCUUGUUGCGCAGAUGGUUUUUGGGAGUCCUGAGGCUGGCCCUGGGGAGAAGGUGCAGAAGCCUGUUGAGGACAGGGUUAAGAUUUUUGGGAAGUUGUAG